UAGGCUGCACACACUGUGUGCUGACUUCCGGUUUAGGGCAUCAAUUUACGACCAACCUUAUCGGCUGCGCAGGUUUUUGAAUUCCCAGUUUAGCUGCCUUUGGGCUUUUCCUCCUCCAAGAUGUCUCGGGGGUCUAUCGAGAUCCCUCUGCGGGACACAGAUGAGGUAAUUGAGCUUGACUUCGACCAGUUGCCCGAAGGCGACGAGGUCAUCAGUAUCCUGAAGCAGGAGCACACACAGCUGCACAUAUGGAUUGCAUUGGCGCUGGAGUACUACAAGCAGGGCAAAACAGAGGACUUUGUUAAACUCCUUGAGGCAGCGCGUAUCGACGGGAACCUGGACUACAGCGACCACGAAAAGGAUCAGAUGACAUGUCUGGACACUCUGGCAGCUUACUAUGUGCAACAGGCACGCAAAGAGAAGAACAAAGAUGCCAAGAAAGAGCUCAUCACGCAGGCCACGCUGUUGUACACAAUGGCCGACAAGAUCAUUAUGUAUGAUCAGAACCAUUUGCUGGGAAGAGCUUGUUUUUGUUUGCUGGAAGGAGACAAGAUGGACCAGGCCGACGCUCAGUUCCAAUUUGUCCUCAAUCAGUCCACCAAUAACAUCCCUGCUUUACUUGGUAAGGCGUGCAUCUCCUUCAAUAAAAAGGAUUACAGAGGAGCACUGGCGUACUACAAAAAGGCUCUGCGCACAAACCCCGGCUGUCCAGCUGAGGUAAGGCUGGGAAUGGGCCACUGCUUCGUCAAGCUCAACAAACUGGAGAAAGCUCGCUUGGCGUUUGGCCGCGCCCUGGAGCUCAACCCCAAAUGCGUGGGAGCCCUCGUUGGCCUGGCCGUGCUCGAACUCAACAACAAGGAGGCCGAUUCCAUCAAGAACGGAGUGCAGCUCCUGUCGCGCGCCUAUACCAUCGACCCCAGCAACCCCAUGGUGCUCAACCACCUCGCCAACCACUUCUUCUUCAAAAAGGACUACAGCAAAGUGCAGCAUCUGGCCCUGCAUGCUUUCCACAACACGGAAGUGGAGGCCAUGCAGGCAGAGAGUUGUUACCAGCUGGCUCGAUCUUUUCAUGUGCAGGAGGACUACGACCAAGCCUUUCAGUAUUACUACCAGGCCACACAGUUUGCCUCGUCCACCUUUGUGUUGCCCUUCUUCGGCCUGGGGCAGAUGUACGUUUAUCGAAGAGACAAAGAGAAUGCAGCCCAGUGCUUCGAAAAGGUUUUAAAGGCCUACCCCAACAACUACGAGACCAUCAAAAUUCUGGGCUCCCUUUACGCAACGUCUGACGACCAGGAAAAGCGAGACAUUGCCAAAGGUCAUCUCAAGAAGGUAACCGAGCAGUACCCUGACGAUGUGGAAGCCUGGAUCGAGCUGGCUCAGAUUCUGGAGCAGACCGACAUCCAAGGUGCGCUGUCUGCCUACGGCACAGCCACCCGCAUCCUGCAGGAGAAGGUGCAGGCGGACGUGCCUCCAGAGAUCCUCAACAACCUGGGGGCUCUUCACUUCCGGCUGGGCAACCUGGAAGAGGCCAAGAAAUACUUCCUGGCCUCUCUGGAUCGGGCCAAAGCCGAAGGUGAGCACGACGAGCACUACUACAACGCCAUUUCAGUCACCACCUCCUACAACCUGGCGCGUCUCUACGAGGCCAUGUGCGAAUUCCAUGAGGCGGAGAAGCUCUACAAGAACAUUCUGAGGGAACAUCCCAACUAUGUGGACUGCUAUUUGCGACUUGGUGCGAUGGCACGUGACAAAGGCAAUUUCUACGAGGCUUCUGAUUGGUUCAAAGAGGCCCUACAGAUUAAUCAGGAUCAUCCAGAUGCGUGGUCCCUCAUAGGGAACCUUCACUUGGCCAAACAGGAGUGGGGGCCAGGUCAAAAGAAGUUUGAGCGUAUUCUGAAACAGCCGUCCACGCAGAAUGACACCUACUCCAUGUUGGCUCUGGGCAACGUGUGGCUGCAGACCCUCCACCAGCCCACCAGAGACCGGGAGAAGGAAAAGAGACAUCAGGAUCGUGCCUUGGCCAUUUACAAACAGGUCCUGCGAAAUGAUGCCAAGAACCUCUAUGCGGCCAAUGGAAUCGGUGCCGUGCUGGCUCACAAGGGCUACUUCAGAGAGGCCCGGGACGUGUUUGCACAGGUGAGGGAAGCCACAGCAGACAUCAGCGACGUGUGGUUGAAUCUGGCUCACAUCUACGUAGAGCAGAAGCAGUACAUCAGCGCUGUGCAAAUGUAUGAGAAUUGCCUGAAGAAGUUUUACAAACACCAGAACACAGAGGUCUUACUCUACUUGGCACGAGCCCUCUUUAAAUGUGGGAAACUCCAGGAGUGCAAGCAGAUGCUGCUGAAGGCCCGCCACGUGGCGCCAAACGACACAGUACUGAUGUUUAAUGUGGCCCUGGUGCUUCAGCGGCUCGCCACUCUGGUGCUGAAGGAUGAGAAGAGCAACCUCAAGGCUGUGCUAAGCUCCGUCAAAGAGCUGGAACUCGCUCACAGGUAUUUCAGUUACCUGAGCAAAGCUGGAGACAAGAUGAGAUUUGACCUUGCACACGCAGCUUCUGAAGCCAGGCAGUGCUCCGACCUGCUGAGUCAGGCUCAGUACCAUGUGGCACGUGCCAGAAAGCAGGAUGAAGAGGAGAAAGAACUUCGGGCCAAACAAGAACAAGAGCGCGACCUGCUGCGUCAACAGAUGAUGAAGGAGCAAGAGGAGAAGAAGAGCCGAGAGGCCGAGGAGCAAAAAAAGCUGCUGGAGCAGAGAGCUCUCUACGUGGAGAAGACCAAGAACCUGCUCACCUUUGCCGAAGGCGGCCUCAAGGAGAAAAAGAAGGGAGGUGGUGGAGGAGGUGGAGGACGUCGCAAGAAGGGAGGCGACAUGGACGAGUUUGUCAAUGACGACUCUGAUGAAGAGCUGCCUGUGAAGAAGAAGAAGAAAAAGGCAGCUAGCGGGAGCGAGCAUGACGAGGGUGAGGACGGAGAGAAGAAGGCCCGCCGGAAGAGGAAGAAAGCUCCUAGAGAAGACGACAGCGAUGAUGAGGGCGGAGGAGCACAACCCAAGAAGCAGCGCAAAAGCAAAGAGCGCAAGAGGAUGGAGAAGUUUCAGCCUGAGCGUCCCCCGCCUUCUCUCAAAGGAAAGAUCAAAUCAAAGGCAAUCAUCUCAUCAUCUGAGUCAUCCGACGAGGAUGGCCUGAAAAUAGCGGAGGACAGGAACCAAAGAGAAAGCGGUUCCGGAUCCGAUGAUGAUGAUGACGACGACGACCACAGGAAGCGCAUCGUAUCGGAAAGCGACUCCGACGCCGGGAGGAAUCGCUCCGGUAGCGAGGCGGGCAGCCCUCAGGGGAGGAACCGUUCCGGCAGCGAGGCGGGCAGCCCUCAGCGCUCAGCGGGCUCCGAUGACGACGACGACUCUGGCAGCGACAGCCCGGUGAAGAAGAGGAGGGUGCAGCGGCAGUCCGACUCAGACCAGUCGGAAAACGAGAGCAAGAGGUCAGGAUCAGACGAUGAGUCCCGACCCGGUUCACCUGUCGCGGCGUCUGAUCGAGAAUCGGAAGCGAGGUCAGACAACGAGGGUUCCCCUCGCCAUUCUGACAACGGGUCAGAACCCGAAGGCUCCAACAAUGAUGAUGACAGCGAUUGAGUUGACAGACUUGUCUCAUUUAUGACCACACUGAAAAUGAUCUUACAAGUGUCUUUUUUUUUUUUUUUUUUAAG